UCCAACUGACCGCUAACGAAUAAAAGAGACAACUUUCAGCCCCUUCGUGCCAUGAAAUUGAUACUGUGAUUCAGCAUUAAUUAUUUGGCAGCUGCGCUUUGAAUGAGAUUCGUGCAUACGAUUGUUGGUGAAGUACCAAAACGAAGGUCAGCCGCGUAUUCGUUGUAGCAGCAGCUGGUGGAGAACACAAACACUUUCGAAAUCGGUUAGCCAGCCUUGCAGUAGACAGAAUAAUUUGUGCAACAAGUGGUGUUUUUAGUAUUUGUCACAUGUCGAAAUAAGUGCAGUCAAAAGUUCCAUUAAAAAUAAUCACUAAAACGCCAAAAAAUAGCCAAAAAGUAAAAACUAAUUUGUAAAUUACUCAGAAUAGUAAAGGAAAGGUAAAAUGGUAUUGGACUUGGAGAAGCGUACUUACCUGCUGGUGACGGGUGCGUCUCGCGGCAUUGGCCAACGUAUGGCCGUGGAAGUGUCUGCCAAGUUGAAAGCUAAAUCUUUGAUUGUGCUGUUGGCACGUAGUGAACAAGGCUUGGCAGAAACCAAGGCCCACAUAGAAGCGUUGGGCAAAGAUUUGAAAGUGUGCAUUUUCUCUAUUGAUUUGAGCAGUGCCACAGCAACACAAUUCCAGGAACUAUUGGCCAAAUCACUACAGGGAACAAGAGUAAGCGAUUUUGAGCGUGCUUUCAUCAUACACAAUGCCGGUUCAGUCGGCGACGUGUCCAAAAGUGCGGUGGACGUGUCGGACACUACGGUCUGGCAGCAAUACUAUCACAUGAAUGUGUUCUCCGUGGUUUCACUGAAUUGCGAAUUUUUCCGCACUUUCACUGGUGUGCCAAAGGUGGUGGUAAAUAUUAGUUCAAAAUGUGGCAUUGAGCCAUUUGCUUCAAUGAGUUUCUAUUGCUCUGGAAAAGCGGCCAGAGACAUGUACUUUCGUGUGCUUGCCACCGAGCAAGCCGAUGAGGAUGUAGUGGUGUUGAAUUAUGCGCCCGGCGCGAUCGACACCGAAAUGACGGUCCUAGUGCAGCGCGAAAGCAUGAACAAAGAAUUGGCUGGUUUCUUUAAAAUGCAACGGGAUACAAAAACUAUGUUGACCACUACACAAACAACCAAAAAAUUCUUACAGGUACUAGAGGAGCAAAAAUUUAAAUCCGGUGAUCAUGUGGACUACUGGGACGAGUGAGGAGAGCGCACACUAAACUCGAGCGGAAGUGUCGAAGUCACAUACGAAUAUAACGAAAAAUGGUGCUAAUAAAACCAGAGUCUCAAAUCCCAAUAAGAAAAUAUUACAUUUACAUAUUAUUAAUUAUUCCAAAAUAAAUAUUAAAU